AUGAAUGUAUCCGUAAUAGGAUACAAAGCAUUCUUCAACAGUGGAUUGAAAAAUAUAUCAAUAAAUGUCAAUAAUGUAUCAAUAGAAAAGAUGGCUUUCGCAAAUUGUGAAAAUCUAAGAAAUGUAUUAAUAGCAGCAAACAUAUCAAAUAUACAGCAGUUCGCUUUCUACAAUGAUAUAAUGUUAUCUGACUUCGUAUAUUGUGGAACAAAUAUAAUAACAAAUGAUGAUAUAUUCGUAGGAUGCAAUAAAUUAAAACAAAUAAAAGUAUCAAGACACAACAAACAGUUAAAAAUAUCAGGAAUAGAUUUGAUAAAAUCUGAGAUAUGUAACACAGAUCAAGACAAUCAAAAUGAUAAGAAGAGGAAGAUAAUAAUAAUUGCUUCUGUUUCAUCAUCGAUUUUCAUAAUAGUUGUGAUAGCUAUGAUAAUAACGAUAUUAUGCAUAAGGAACAAGAAGAGAUCGAUUCCAUUAAUAAGUUCUGUUCCUCUAGUUUCAAAUAAUGAUAACAAUAUUUAA